UUUCCAGUAUUCUUUAGUUCGCCGUGCCGUAAGGUUGUACCGUAUUAUCUAAGGAAAGAGUUCUCGUGUGACUGAAGAGACUGCUUUGCUGUCUUAUCAAACAAUCAACAUGUGCCAGCGUUUGAAUUAAAAUACGUGUCUCUUGUCUGUGGUGUUGAAAGCCGAAAACAAAAAUUGACAAUAAUGUGGACGAAAAAAUGGGGAAUUUAACGACGGUGGUGAGAUUUGGUGCUGCUCUUUUACCCUACCUUGUGGAUUACGUUGUCGGGACUAACGAUACGCUAGCAGAAUGUGUCGAGUCCGAGGAAGGCUGUCUGCGGUGCCGAGGGAACUUUUGUGCGAGGUGUGCAGGUCUACUUCACCGGGGAAACUGCGUAGACAGUUGUCCUCCAGGUCACAUUGCUGACCGAUCAACUCGGGAUGAAUAUAUGGGACGAAUAUGCCGAGAGACUGGCUACAUGUUUGGAUUAACCGGCAGUCAAGUCGCCAUCCUCGUUGGAAUUAUUUCCGGGGCGACUAUUUGUAUAUUUAUUAUCCUUUGCGGUGCAAUUGUUCUUCAUCAUCGCAAGAAGAAGGCCGCUAAAUUAAUGCGGCAAUACGAGGAUAGCGCCGAGAGGCGAGAAUUUCUCAAGCAUCUGGCUACAUUGAGAGGAGAAGCUAACACUUUUCUUGCGAUGCUCAACGACACGAGGAGACAAGUACGAGAAUUGUAUUACUCUGGAAGUAAUGGCGAUGGUGCUGUCGGUGUACAAGCUUACAGACCCGUACUCCGUGACCUCGCGAGGAUCCUAGUUCUCGUGAACAGAAAAGACGAGGAUAUAUACUUGCCACCGGAGGAUUGGCAGCGGCUGCUGGCAUGGGCCGAACGUUUACUGAGACGUUACAAGAAACAUACUUCGCCAGAGGUGGCUCAACUGGUAACAUUUCUCCAGCAACCGGGGCCAGUGAGUCAGCUGACACCGACGUCGCCCCAGCAGAUAGCAAUCACUCAAGCAUCAUCGCAGGCGUAUGAGCUAAGAUCAACACCGACGAACCUUACGACAUUCCAGGCGAACGCGCCGCUGACGACCUUUCAGGCCAGCGACAAGUCCAGCAUAAGCCCCGCGAGCUCCAGCCUCGGGUACAUCAAGGACAGUCCCGUUGGCUCGAGCUUGGGUCAGAACAGCUGCAUCGUCUACAACGACAAGCUGAGUCCGUCCGGGUCGACUGUGGGCCAGACUACCCCCCUGGUCUUCAACACGGCCCAAAAAAGACGCACGUCCUCUUCAGUCAAUUCGAAUAAUUUCCAGGAGCUCGGGAUCUCCGCGUUUAAUCACACCUACCUGCCUGGUAAUUUGACUACGGGAAUCCCCGGCGAUGGAAGCGCCAGUGUAUCUUGUCCUGAUGAGUGCAAUGGUCUCAAUCGUGAUCUCAAUCCCCAGUGGGAGUUUCAAACCACGAUUGAAGCAGCUAAUUACACGAUAUUGAAUGACUGGGCACCUGGAAGGGACUACCUCAUUGACGACUUCACGAUUCUCGGGUUCAGACCGCAAGAUGAAAUUACCACAGAAUUAUGAUACCAAUUAUUAUUAUUAUUUUUAUUUAAUUUAAGGUUAAUUAUUUUUUAGAGUUUAUAUUAUUUAUAAUUUAAGUUGCAUUUCUAUUUAAAUUAUUCUAUAUUAAAAAAAAAAAGACAAUUAUUUUUAAGACGCAUGGUUACAUGAUUCUUGAUUCUUCGAUAA